UCACUGACGAUUAUUUUUCCGAGCGAGUGCGUCGAGGUUGCGGCCAUUUCUCUCGCUGCCUUCAGUCAGCCUCGCAUCUGUACAGACACAGGUUGUCCUUCCGUGAUAAAAAUAAAUAAAUAAAUUGCCCGAGUGAAAGGCCAGAUUCUCUCCGCUGCUUACUGGGCUGGCUUCCUCGCCAGCUGAACCAGGUCGGGAUGGACCCAGCAAGCCGUUACCAAGUGUUGCACAACGAAGAAGAUGCUUCCUCCGCCGUUGAGCAGCAGCCCUGCACGUCCGCCUCGGCCGGGGAGGAGCAGAGGGAGACCCGGGCCGGCGCGGCGGCCGCUGGGGAGGCCGACGCGCCGCCGCCUCCUUACGCCUCCAUCGACCUGGGGGCGACCGCCGCAGCGCCGGAGAGCAGUUUCCAAGGCGACUUCCCGGUCCCGCCGCCCUACAGCGUCGCCACGUCUCUGCCGACCUACGACGAAGCGGAGAAGGCUAAAGCGGCCGCACUGGCGGCCUCCGCCGUGGAGGUGUUGCCCCGGGACGACGACUUCCCCCCCAGAGACGACUUCAGCGACGCCGACCAGCUGCGAGUCGGGAACGACGGGAUCUUCAUGUUGGCUUUUUUCAUGGCUUUCCUGUUCAACUGGAUCGGCUUCUGCUUGUCCUUCUGUCUGACCAACACCAUCGCAGGGCGCUACGGGGCCAUCUGCGGCUUCGGCCUGUCCCUCAUUAAGUGGAUCCUCAUCGUCAGGUUCUCUGAUUACUUCACCGGCUACUUCAAUGGCCAGUACUGGCUCUGGUGGAUCUUCCUGCUGCUGGGCCUCCUGCUGUUCUUCAGGGGUUUCGUGAACUACCUAAAAGUGCGCAACAUGUCGGAGAACAUGGCCACGUCGCACAGAACGCGCCUCUUCUUCCUCUACUGAGAGUUCCCACGCAGACGGCAUUCCUUUCCAGCGCAGUUCCUUCCCUCGCCGCUCGCAUGACCUGACCGAGGAGCCCGACAGCGACGAGAGGAAGCGGGGGGAGGAAUGAAGGCGAGAUGUAGGGAGAGUGUUACCGCUUUAAUCCGUUUAUUUUUAUAUAUAUAUAUAUAUAUAUAUAUAUAUAUAUAUAUAUAUAUAUAUAUAUAUAUAUAUAUAUAUAUAUAUAUAAUCUCACAACCCGACCCACAAAGAAGAAGUCUACGCUUCUGGACUGAGCCGCAAAACAGCCCCUUUUUUUUUGACAAAAUCCCGGAAACAGGUCUUUUUCUUCUUUUCCCCAGUCCGCCUUUGCUUGUGUUGUUUCAUGAAGCGCAAUGACGAACAAUCGAACAGCAAAGGAUGAAGGACUGGUGAACGAAUUCCUUUAAUUCUGCGUAUUAAGUGUGAAGAAGCGCUAAGAGAAACUUAAGGAAACAGCCCUUGUCCCUGAAAUCUGCCACAGGAAGUCGUGCUGAACUAGUCUUACUUUAGCUGCGGCGUAGCGCCGUUUUCUAGUAUAUGUGUAAUUCCCAGAAUGCACCACCUGUACCAGGAUCUAGUUUCUGGAUCAACCGGACCUAUUUCAAAGGAAAAGUCUUCUUAGGCGCCCCGUUUGUUUUCAAACCUUUAAGAUCUGAGCCGACCUCCGGGUUCUAAGGUAGGAUCGGAUCUUAAAGGUUUGGAUCGGAAAGGCUCGGCUAUCUGACGGCGGACGCCCGAUUGACCUCCGGAGUCAGAGCUAAUUCAAUUUCUUGAGCUAAAAGGAGCUAACCAGCGAAAGUGUCUCGGAUAAAAGUGUUUUUAAGCUGCACAAAGUCUCGUCGGGUCGGUUCUGGCGCCGUGGAUGAAAAGCUUUGCUUCUUUUUGUUGUUGUUUUUUUUUUUGUUGGUUUGGAUUUGAAAACGCUCUCUGGAGUCUUAUGCAAUCGAGCUGUAAUGAAUUUCAGACGUCGUGACUGUAAGGUCGUGCGCCGGUGAAGUAGACAUAGCUGAUUUAGCGAGCGUUUUUGUUUUUUGUUUUUCCUGAAGAACGUUUAAAGAACAACGUCAGAUGUCGGGAUUAUCCAUCAGUAUGACGGUGAUGAAGUAUAGGGGGGGGUGAGGAGGUGAAACGGAGCCCCUCUAGACAAGGAUAGCAUUUGCUUUCGUUGUUCUUGUGUUUAUUAAAGAAAAUGAAAUGUGUAUAUAUACGAGCUCAUGCCAAUUUCUAUUUGCACUUUGAAGUUCUUUGCGUAUAAGAUUUGUGAAUCUGCUAAACUUGAUGUGGGGCUUUGACGAAAUGUAAUAUUAGCCAUUCAGGUUUUUGUUUUUUUGUUUUUUCUUUUGAACUGGAAUUCUUAAUCAUCCCAAAAAUGGAUAAUCUGCUCUUUUUUUUUUUUUGCACUUUUUUUUGUUGUUGUCGUUGUUGUCAAAAACGAUGUUUGUGUCUCGUUUCGUCGCUUUCAACCUGAACUGUGACGGCUCUCGCGUUGCCAAAUCUGUCCGACUGGCCUCCUAAAGCCUCUUUCAGCAAUAUCGAGUGUUUCAGUGAGUUGGAGCUCUGCCGCAUGAUUUCCCCCCCACCUGAAGUAGUUUAGCCGGGUCAUUUAUUUUUUUUUUUUUUAGGAUUAAUCUACAAACACGUGUCGGUCUUUGUAAAUAAAUCCGGUUGGGAGAGCGAGGUGUCUUUUUUUUUGUUUUUUGUUUUUUGUUUUUUUCCCUCUCGGGUGAAAAUCUCAGUAUGCAUUUAUUGUAACUGGAAAUAACAUGACAGUCUUGCAAAAAAAGGAAAAAAAAUGACAAAAACGCCAAUAAAGUUCAAAAGCCUG